UACUGUCUAGACCUCCGCAAUGUAUCCAAGAUUUUUUGUAUAGUCUUAUUCAUAUUAUUAUCACUAUAAAUUGUAAAUUUAUGCUGUCCUAUCAUACAGUUUUGAGUGAUUAUUUACAAAAUAGUGAUACCACAAUAAAUUAAUCAUAAUGAUGAGCAAAUUGCUAGAAAGUCUUUUAUGUCUUUCAUUUAUUGUAAAUAUAAAAAGUGCAAUAGUACCACCACCAUGGGCUAAUCCAUCAAGUAAUCCAUGUGCAGUACAACCACGUGGUUGGCAAUUACUUUAUUGGCCUGCGGACGGUAAAUGUUAUAAAAUAUUUCAAAUUGGAGCACCAUGUCCUGAAUCUAUGGAGCUAGGUCCAGCUGCAAAAGGAGGUGGAACGAUAGCAGAAUGUCGAUGUCCACCAGGGACAGCUCAAUCUCGUAAAGAUUCACUUUGUUACCCAAUAUUCACAAAAGCUUCUUGUCCAAGUGGGCAAUAUUUUGCUCCAAUCUCUGACUCCAAUACUAAUCGAUCCACUGGACGAUGGGGAAUAUGCAAAGAACCAGAAAAAUGCUCUGAGCAUACUCAGGUAUUCUGGCCUCGUGAUGAAAAAUGUUAUACAAAAUUGACACGUGGACCUUGUCCGAAAGGACAGCUUCUGACUUUAAAUAAAGACAAUCUAGCAGAAUGCCAAUGCUCAUCAACAGAUAAAGAACUUGGACUUUAUUAUUAUCCUGAUAAUAAAGGAGGAUGUUAUGAACAUUACACUAAAGGACCUUGUUCAGAACCUGGUGAAAUAUUUUUACCUGGAGGAACUUGCGGAUGUCAACAAGAUAUUCCUCAUUAUCAUUCUUCUACCAAAAUGUGUUAUCCUUUAGGUGAAAUCGGACCAUGCCUGAAAGGUCAUCAUUUCGUUGUAACUAACAAAAGUAUGUCAGAAAAUCGGAUUUUUGCAACUUGUACUUGUAAACCAGAUCACAUUCUCUAUAAAGAUGGAUUGUGUUACCGAAAAUAUACACGUGGACCCUGUGAGACAGGUUACAUGAUUAUUAAUUCGACGAACUGUAUUCCAGUUCCUUGUAAACGUCGAAGACUUUUUUUCCCUCAAGAAAAAACUUGCUAUAAAAUUGGAUCAAAAGGACCAUGUCCUAGUGGCCAAAUUGUACUUUACGAUCGAAAUGUACGUCCUUCGAUUGAUGGCGUUAGCUAUAAUGGUGUAUGUGGUUGUACCGAAACACUAAAACUGGCAGGAAAAUGUUCUGAGAAUACUGAUUUUAAUGAUACGUGUGAAAAUACUCCAGGAAUGUUUCUGCUUAAUAAAACAUGUUAUAAAUUAUACACUCAAGGCCCAUGUGGACUUGGAGAAUGGUUGGUACCAAGAAGGCAAUCGAAAACACAAGAAAUAUUCCAAGAUACAAAUAAAUCCAAAAUAAGAUGUGAAUGUCGACCCGGUUAUAGAAAAAUAACUCGAGCAUCAGAGUUGAUUGAUAUAGAAAUUAAUACUUUAACAAACUUCAGUCAGUGUCAACCACCAGCAGUAUCUUUAGCUGAAUUUCUCAAUAAAAAUUUCAAAAACAGUGAUUUUGAAGUUUAAUCUUGAGCAAUGGCAAUUUGCUCAAAACUUUAAUUAUAAAUUGUGAUAAAUUUUCAAAACUAUUUUCAU